AUGGCGUCGGACGGCAAAAAUGAACCCGAGCAUGUCAGAAAAUUAUUUAUUGGAGGAUUAGACUAUAGAACAACAGACGAUUCUCUGAAGAAGCACUUCGAGCAAUGGGGAGAAAUCGUCGACGUGGUGGUGAUGAAGGACCCGAAGACCAAGCGCUCGCGAGGAUUUGGUUUCAUAACCUACUCCAGAGCACACAUGGUAGAUGACGCGCAGCGCGCAAGACCUCACCAAGUUGAUAACCGCGUGGUUGAGCCAAAACGCGCUGUACCGCGCCAGGAAAUUGGACGCCCCGAGGCUGGUGCAACCGUGAAAAAGCUCUUCGUCGGCGGAUUGAAGGAUGACCACGAGGAAGACGAUUUGAGACAGUAUUUCCAAGGUUACGGAAGCAUCAACUCCAUCAGCAUCGUUACCGACAAAGAGACUGGUAAGAAACGCGGGUUUGGUUUCGUCGAAUUCGAUGACUACGAUCCCGUGGAUAAAAUUUGUUUGCAACGGAAUCAUCAGAUCCGAGGAAAGCAUGUCGAUGUCAAAAAGGCUUUAAGUAGAGCAGAGAUGGCCUCAGCGACCGGAGGAAGCGGUGGCGGUGGUAGUGGUGGAGGUGGUGGCGGCGGUGGUGGAAGCCGUGGCGGUCAAUCAGGAGGUCGUGGUCCACGAGGUGGAAACCAAGGAGGUGGCAAUUGGGGUAACCGCGGCUCAGGCGGUGGUGGUGGAGGUGGUGGCGGCGGUGGCGACUGGAACAACGGUGGCGGUCAAGGAGGUUACGGCGGUGGAAACCAGAACAACUGGGGCGGUAACGGACCUUGGGAAAGUCAAAACCAAGGCGGCAACUGGGGCGGUCAAGGAGGCCAGGGCGGCUACAACAGCGGCGGUAACUGGAGCAACGAUAACUUCGGCAGCGGGUACCAACAAGGUUACGGCGGCGGGCCUGUAAGAAGUAAUUUCAACUCCGGCGGACGACCUGCACCCUACGGUACUAGUAUGGGCCCUAGUGGAAGACAAUCUGGUGGAGACGCGAGGUGGAUGCCACCCUUCGGUGGACAAGGACCCAUGGGAGGUAAUUCUGUAGGAGGUGGUGGUGGCGGUGGAUACGGAGGCGGCAAUCAAGGUGGAUACGGCGGCGGAAACAUGGGUGGUGGCGGUGGUGGUGGUGGCGGCGGUGGUAACAUGGGUGGCGGAAGACUGAUUGAAUAA